CUUUUGUAAAUUAUUGCUAUGUGUGGCUUGGUGUGCCACCCCGCAUUAUGUUUAUGAAAGGUUUGAACAAACUUAAAGAAUUGAUUGUCUGGUCUUGGAGCUAUCUCUGGGUAGUCUGGUUUCUUCUGGUUUCCUUUGUAAUCUUCUAUCUCCGUGGACCUUUAAAGAUAAGUGAGAACAUCGGUAUGGCAACAAUGUUUCUCUCUACUUUAACCCCGAAGUUCUACGUCGCUCUGACCGGAACCUCUUCUCUUAUCUCCGGCCUUAUCCUCAUCUUCGAGUGGUGGUACUACCGCCGAUAUGGAAUGUCUUUCAUUGAACAGGUUUCUUUAAACCAUAUAUCUCCCUGGUUGGGAGGCGGGGACCCGCCGGAAACUGCAACUAACCCGGCACCCGCCGUUCCUGAAUGCAAGGUCUGGAGGAACCCGUUAAAUCUGUUCCGAGGAGCAGAGUAUCAAAGGUUCCAGACUGCAACCAAGAAGGAACCUCUAACCUACUACGAUAUGAAUCUCUCCGCCCAGGAUCAUCAAACUUUCUUCACAUGUGAAGCUGAUGCAGGUAAGCCAGAGUAUGAAAUAAUGCAAACAGCGUGGAGGGAGCGGAAUCCCUCUGCUCGGAUAAAGGCUGCUAAGGAUGCGAUUGUUCUGAAUAUAGAGUGCGCUACAGCAUAUAUACUGCUAGCUGAGGAGGAGGCCUUGGAUAUUGCUGAAGCUGAAGUCAAGUUUAAGGAAGCAUUUCGUAUUGCUGAAACCAACUACAGGAGAUCUCAACAACUGCAGCACCAGAACCAGCUAAUGGAGUCCCAGCAUAGGAGGGACACCAACGUGAUGAUCUAUAUCCGGAGACGGCUCGCUAUGUGUGCCCGGAAGCUGGGGAAGCUGAAGGAAGCUGUGAAGAUGUUUAAAGAUCUGGCCAAGGAGGUUCCUCCUAUUAUGAAUGUAUUGAAUAUCCAUGAGAACCUGCUGGAGUGUUUACUGGAAAUGGGAAACUACGCUGAUGUUCAAGCAGUAUUAGCUAAAUACGAUGACAUAUCUUUACCAAAGUCCGCUGCCAUUUGUUACACGGCAGCCCUGUUAAAAGCAAGAUCUGUAGCUGACAAGUUCUCUGCUGACGUGGCGGGGAAGCGUGGACUCACGGUGUCAGAGAUGGCAGCGGUGGAGGCUAUUCAUCGAGCAGUGGAGUUUAAUCCUCAUGUUCCUAAAUAUCUGCUGGAGAUGAAACCAUUGAUUCUUCCUCCGGAGCAUAUUCUGAAACGAGGGGAUAGCGAGGCUAUUAGCUACGCGUUCUAUCAUCUCACACAUUGGAAGCGGGUAGACGGAGCACUUAAUCUCCUGCACUGUACUUGGGAGGGAACAUUUCGUCUCCUCCCGUAUCCUCUGGAGAAAGGACAUCUUUUCUAUCCAUACCCAAGCUGUACAGAGUGUGCGGAUAGAGAGUUGUUGCCGACAUUUCACGAGGUUUCUGUUUAUCCUAAGAAGGAGCUCCCAUUCUUUAUUCUCUUUACAGCUGGGUUGUGUAGUUUUACAGCUCUUCUAGCUCUGCUCACCCAUCAGUAUCCGGACUCAAUGGGGAGUAUUGCGAGAACAAUUCUGAACUGGGUUGCAGCUCCUCUUCACUUCAUCCUGGAGAAAGCAGACAGCGUCUUGCCUACAUCACUUCUUCAUCUUCUUUCUAAGAUGUAGGAAUCCCUCAUGACCAGUUGUAACAGUCACAUCACACCUAGGCAUAAUGAUCUAGAUUCUAACUAUAUUUAUUGUCGUUUGUUAACUAUUGGCUCUAAUUAAGGAUAAUAAUACCGUUUCUAACAUCACCGGUUCAUAUUUAUGUAUCCCAGGUUUCGUCUCUUCUUUUAGUACUUGUGAAGCCCAAACACUUAAAUGUUAAACGUAAUGGUUGCCAUAUUGUCAUAUUGUUGUUUCAGA